GGGGGCGGUGCCGGUGCCCGGUUCCGUGCCCCGCGGCUCCCCCGCGAUGCCGGCGGCGGCGGGGCGGGCCCGGGCGCGGGCGGGGGCGGCGCUGCUGCCGUCCAUGCUGAUGUUCGGGGUGAUCGUGGCGUCGGGCGGGCUGCUGAUGAUGAUCGAGCGCGGCGUGCUGGCCCGGGUGCGGCCGCCGCGGCCGCUGGGCCCCCCCGCGGGGCACCGGGGCUCGGGGGGGCCGCCGGGUGACCUGGAGCGGGAGGUGCUGCGCGACACCCGCAACCGAACCCUCCGCGCCGCGUGCGGGCGCCGCGCCUCGCCCCGCGCGCUGUGGGAGCUGCCGGCGGGGCAGCGCCGCACCGUCCUGCGCCACCUCCUCGUCAGCGACAAGUACCGCUUCCUCUACUGCUACGUGCCCAAGGUGGCCUGCUCCAACUGGAAACGCAUCCUCAAGGUCCUGGACGGAGCACUGGAGAGUGUCGACGUCAAAACCAAGAUGGACCACAAGAGCGACUUGGUGUUUCUGGCCGAUAUGAAGCCGGACGAGAUCACCUACCGCCUCGAGAACUACUUCAAGUUCAUCUUCGUGCGGAACCCCAUGGAGAGGCUGCUCUCUGCCUACCGGAACAAGUUUGGGGAGAUCAAGGAGUACCAGCAGAGGUACGGCGUGGAGAUCGUCAGGCGGUACCGGAAGAAUGCCGGGAAUUCGGCGGGUGACGAUGUGACCUUCUCCGAAUUCCUCCGGUACCUGCUGGACGAGGAGGUGGAGAGGAUGAACGAGCACUGGAUGCCCAUCUACAACUUGUGCCAGCCCUGCGCCGUGCGCUACGACUUCAUCGGCUCCUACGAGUGGCUCAACGCCGACGCUGACUACGUCCUCGAGCGCGUCCAGUCUCCUUCCUUCGUCCGCUUCCCCGAACGGCAAGCGUGGUACAAGCCCGUCACAUCGGAGAUGCUCCACUACUACCUGUGCAACACCCCGCGGCGGCUGAUUAAAGACCUGAUCAUCAAGUACAUCCUGGAUUUCUCCCUCUUUGCCUACCCGCUUCCCAAUGUGACCAGUGAGUUCUGCAGGCAGUGAGGGGCUCGCCUGGGGACCCGGGCUGUAUUCUGUUUACGCUGCAAGGAUUUCCCGACGCAGCCGUUGCUGCAGGGCCUGUGAAACACGCUCUUCUAUGCAUUAUUUCCUAAUUUUAUAGUUUUCAAACACUUUUUAUAUGAAAUAUUUUAUAUCGCCUUUGCUACUAGAAUCCUUUACGUAGCCCCGGUUUUGAGGUGUACAGAUGCCGCUGACACGGGCACAAUAGCUUUUGUAUAUCUAUUUUACUUUAAAUUCUUUUUUUAUGGCACGACGUGGAAAACCUCUGUAAGGAACCUGAGAAAUUGGUCUAUUUUAUGUAUUUUUUCUCCUCUUGCACUACACGGUACACGGCAGGAUCGCGGUUGUACCUUAAUACAGCAGCUGAUGUGCUAAAAAUUAGCACUGCUCAACCUGGGCCUGGGUUAAACAGGGAGGAGUUUUGUGGGUGUGAGGAGAGAAAAGGCUUUUAUAAACUAGGCCCUAUUUAUCCUAUUUUCUCAUCCGUAGGAGGUGGUUAAGUGAUGCUGGUCGCUUUCUGUGACAGCACUAGUACCUCGAUUUUAUUAUUAUUAAUAAUUAUUAUUAUUUACCAUUUAAAUAAAACUAGGGAUAAUAUUUUUAUGCAAUUUUAAGGUUUGGAAGUACCAGCUCUUUACCCAGCGUAACCUACCGGAUGCAGUAUCAAUCAAGCCAUAACAAUUUUCUCUUUUCAUGGAAUGGUUUGGGUCAGAAGGGACCUCAAAGCCCUUCCAGUCCCACCCCCUGCAUGGGCAGGGACACCUCCCAC